UGCCCCAAUUAUCCCGAUGCUUUCCCGCUGAUGGCCCGAGGCCACCUGCCCAGUCGCCACUAGUCUGUCGCCUGCUCAAGGCGCGCCUUCUUUGCGGUCGGCCGCAGGCGUACAGUCGUGGCCGGGCAAUCCUCCGACGCCACGGCCGACCGUUUGGCAACGUUGCCAUCUGGGCCGCCGAACCGGUUCGAUAAUCUUCCGGAGCGCGCACUCGACGCGCAUGUGCUGCGAUCGAUGUCCUGAAGAUGGAGCCCACAUUGCAACCCAUGGCCGAGCACAGCUUGGACGCGCUCUGCAGAAACACCAAGUUCACCAGACGCCAGAUUCAGCUCAUGUACAGAAGCUUCAAGCAGGAGUGCCCCACGGGGUUUGUGGAAGAGGACAACUUCAAACACAUCUUUGCACAGUUCUUCCCAUAUGGAAACGCCUGCUCAUACGCCCGCUACGUCUUCAAGAGCUUCGACCGGAACAGGAACGGUGCCAUCAGCUUCAAGGACCUGCUCUACUGCCUGUCGCUGCUGUGCUUCGGGAGCGUACAGGAGAAACUGCGUUGGGCCUUUUCGCUAUAUGAUGUCAACGGCGAUGGCUUCAUUACGCGCCAGGAGCUCAGGGACGUCGUCUGUUCGGUGUACGCGCUCCUGGGCCGCCGCUCGAGUACGGACGAGAGGGCGUUACGCGAACACGUGGACCGCGUUUUCCAGAAAAUGGACGUUAAUCAGGACGGUGUCGUUACCAUGGACGAGUUCAUGGAGAUCUGCUCCAAGGACGACACCAUUGCAAGGUCAUUGACUCUUCUGGACACGACGCUGUAGCGCUGGUCGUCGAGGGUUUCUUGGUUCUUCUGAGAGCAGAGCCUUCAAACUACGAUCAGCGAGGAGCCCCCACUCGUAUACUCACCCUCUGCUUUAAACUUCGCCGUCCAGUGACUCCAUGGGCCUCAAUGUUCGGACCGUAUGUCGCAUGGUUUCCCUGGACAGCCUAUACACGUGCGACUACACGUAACAGAGUACAAGGCAUUGCGCUUUCAUCACAAGUAUGCAAGUAUAAUGGGCUCAGUUGCAUAUCGUACAUUUAUGUUUGGUUAUCUGUUAUAGUUUCGCAUUAGUGUGUUAAAGAGUUGUGACAAUGGCGCCGCAGAAGAGAGAAAAAAAAAGUCGAGCAUUAGCAGGACAAAGCUUCUUUGUCUGCUGGCCCAGCCCUGCUCAAGUGCAGUCUUUUGAUACAAUUACUUUUCAGAGAAGUACACUGAAAGCUGUCGUGCAAUGUGCUGCAUGAGAAAUCGCACCACAUAAUGUCGAUACACCACGAGUGUGCAUGUUUAGGCAGAUGCUUGGCCAAAACUGCUGUUGCCGCUGACAAAUAUGCAAGGUACAACAUGGGCCAGGCUAGUAAACUACGAAUCCGCAGUGCACUCUUUCGACAAACGACAUUGUUGCGACCGAGUACAGCUUGAGCGCGGGAAUACGAAUAUCGAGCGACCUGCUUUAGGAAGCCGUAGCUUUUCUUUUAUUACCCUUCUUCUUACGGCAAGCUAGAGCAGAAGACCUUAAAUUACUAGUACAUUAGCUGGCCCCAUUUUUUUUUUUUUUACAUGGAGUACCAACAUAAAAUUCUAAAGGUGAAACCCAUCCACCAUUCAGUGCAUACAUGCCACCUACACACUCAAAAAUGGGAUCUUUUAGCUGGACCUUCUUGCAGCCAACUUCAAAUUGCACCUUAAGAUGUGGAUGUCAAAACAACACAAAGGCGCCCCUUAAAAGUUGGCAAGAUUCCAAAAAGCGUGGGGACACUAGUACACGCAGCAUAGGUUAGCAAACUAGCUGGCCAAUGUCUUGCUUUCACACUGCAACCAUAGUACAUGGGUUUUGGCAUACAACCUUAGAAUUUAAGUAAUGUUUAAUUAAUGAACAAUUGCAAACAAGGGCGAUACAUCAUGCUUUGAAAACAAACAGGCGGAGCCACAUCUUAAAACUGGUGCCUCUUCCUUCUUUAUGACACGGGCUUAACAGCCAACCCUUGAAUGGCAUUGCAACCAUGUCUUUUCUUCAUUAAGGGGGGACACUGCUCUUAAAAUUUUUUCUUUAUGUCUUGAUCGAUUUUGAUGAAACCUGGUGACUUUAUGUAUAUUUGUGUGUUGAAUCAAAUAUGCAAGUACUUUUCUAGUAUAUUGUGUAGUUUUUAAAAUACAAAAUAUUUCGUGAGCCUUUUGGGGAGCAAGAUUAUUUCUAAACUGACUGUGUUACAACGUAAAUCAGCAUAUCACGAUAAUCUGCAUCAGAACUUUGUGCAGUGCAACAAAAAUGGAUGUUCUAAACCCAUUUAAACAAAAAGUUAUGGCCAAUUUCAAGCUAGAAUUUCACUUGUGAAUGUUCAACAUACCAUAACUUUUGUUCUAAUGGGUUUAGAACAUCAGUUUUUGUUGCACUGCACAUAGUUCCGAAUGCAGAUUAUCAUAAUAUGCUGAUUUAUUUUGUAACUAACUCAGUUUUAAAAAAAUCUUGCUCCCGAAACGGCACAUGAAAUAUUUUGUAUCUUAAAAACUACACAUCAUACUAGAAAAAUAAUUGCAUAUUUGAAAUUAACACACAAAUAUACAUAAACUCAGGAAGUUUCAUCAAAAUCGAUAAAGAAAUACUUUUUUUCAAGUGCCAUGCCCCCCAGAAGAUGCUCCUUUAAGCAGUAUUUCAUUGUAUGUAGAAUGAGAGCAAACUUCAGAUGAGACAGAAUGAGGAAGAAAAACUGGUUUGGUGGAAUGACAAUGCGCUCAAGGUAUUUAAAACGCCCUCCACAAGCAUAAAAUUUGUAAGUGCUCCUGCGUCAUGCCUCAGUGUUGCAUAUAUUGCAGUGAACAUGCGUCUUGUAGGCACCAGCAGUUUGUGACACCACGUGAUCACUGCCCAUGCUGCGAGCAGCUGAAGGAGAGUAGUUAUUCCUUCAAAACUGCACACUGAAGCAAAUGAUAUUCUAUUCUAUGGUCUCUGGCACAAAAAGCAACCAAGAAAUUUUAUGUCGGUACUCCUGUAAUUUUGCAGUUGGCACUUUGUGUUGUGUAUUGCCCUUUCCUUGGAACCUCGUCAAACUUGCCUUGCUGAUGUGAUCGGUCAGAAACAGCGUAAUGAAAAAAUCGUUCGAUUUUGCUUAUACUGACCUCCACACCCAGCAAGGCCAACUCCUACAACUGCCCAGGCACAACGCCUGUCUGCUUCCAAACAACAUUAACGGGGGCAGUUACUGAACAAUCUAGUGCUCCAAGUAUGCAGCCAGCAAUUGGCUUCCAGACUGCACUUUCAGGCACAACCACAGUGACUUUGCAGAAUGUUGUGUAGGCUUGUGCCAUUGCCGAUGGAGUUCGUGGCCCACAGACAAAUGAAAGCGAACUUAUGCCUCUUGUAGGAGCGUUAACUGACCGACAAACCAUUGGUCGUAACAGCUGAACAACUGCUCUACAAUUGGGUGGACUGAGUGAACCAGAUUGUGUUGCACAUGUCCAGAGUGUUCACACAGUUCGCAAGCCAUGUGAAUAUCAUCCGCCCAAAGUCAAAAGCCUUGCCAUUAGCCAAAACAAACUUCUUCAGAUCUGAUGCAAGCUCUCUUCAUUGACAAGUGUGCUUUCAUGUGACUUUGGCCCACAUUGUCCACAAAAUUGUAACAGGAAUGCCCAUCUGUAGCAACUGCAUGAGGCAGAUUUUCAAUGCAAGUGCAACAGUGGUGCUCAUGCAUACAUAGUGUUGUUGCUACUUACGGGGCUAGGCCUCACCAUAGCACACAGUGCGUUUACAACAAAGACGGUGAUCGAUGCACUACGUCGCUAGUGUCAUCAUGUCCCGAUACUCACUUUUACGGGAAGAGUUGAGACAGCAGUAGGAUUUGGCAGUUUGUGCCUGCACAAACCUACAGUGAUGAGCGGGCACAUAUCGCAAGACAAAAGCUCGAAAUCUGGGGAUUGUCUGUAGCAUUUCUGCAAUCUAGUGAAACAGAAGGCUUCCAUAAAAAAAGAUGGCAAGUUAUCUAGUUUUGGAAGUGUCACAUUAUAAUACUGAAGGCUUGGCGUAAGUAGUCUUCUCUGCAUCUUGCCAGAUAUUCAUAUAUGUAUAUUAAAGAAAAAAUAUACUAAGUCCUGCUAUUUUUCUUUCACCCAGCCCUCAUACUACAAAGGGUUCCUACUGUUACACUGUAUCCCUUUCACAUCACUUUUCCUUUCCUACUGAGCACAUUACCAGACUGCUGACAGAACACCUUUUUGCAGCUGCAUUUAAUAGAAUGCCACCAAAACAAUCUCUUUAAGAAAGUGUGGCUGGGACUAUUUUCAAGUUUACUUCAGCAUGAAGAAAGCACAAAUCCUCAAAAUGAGCAGCAAAGCAAUGCGACCAUUCCUAAAGUGGAUAUCAAUCCAAUCCUAUUUCAAAAUACUGUCAGAGCUGUUCACCCAUUUCGAUGCAGUAUUAGCACCACUUGUGUCAAAGCAUUCUGCACAAUAACCUGCUUUGUUGGUGAAACAGGGUUAUUAAUAAGACAAGAGUAACAUAAAUGUAAGCAAUGUUCUGUCUUAAAGGUGUGCUUGAAAGAAAAGAAAAGGAGAUGUGAAGGCAAGGCCAAUUAUAAGGCCGAUCUGAAUGUUUUCCAAGACAUCUGUGUACAGAGUAGGGCCCUGCCAAGGUACACCAGUAUUGACUGGAAAUGUGUGCUGUACUAAUAAAGUAUAGCUUGCCAUGUAGCUAUAGCAUUCAUUAACGUUUCAGGUUGUCGUGCCUAGCCAGAAAAAAGCGUGACAAAUUAUGAGAUAGCACGCAUAUUUUAGAGGUGUUGUAUGUCAAAGUGGUAAUUCAAUGCCAACAAAUUCUACUAUGUAGAGGAGACAUGUGCUUUCAGAGGUGACAUUCAGCGUAAUGCCUUUCUGCUGGGAAAGGAAUGAAAGCGUGAGGGCGAGAAACAAGCAACUGAAUGUCAAGUCAAGGGUUGAUUUGACCAUUGUGCACAUGCCCAGCAUUUGCAUAAGAGCAGGUCAGUUCCUGUAGGCAAUCAGAGAGCAAGAGUGUCGCAGACAGAACUCUGGCACAGAGCCUGUUGCAGCAGCCUGUUGUUGCCUGCAGGAGGAACACUCAAGCAGGACCGGGCUACUGCAUACAGAGACAGUGCUUAUAAUACGAGUUCAAAGUUUAUCAAACCUUUGCACUGGAGGUGACAGCUCUACCUGGUUGCUGCCAUAUGCUGAUACAAAGUCGCCUUACUGUGUUACAAGGGUGUGUUUGUAUGUCAGUCAAGAUUAUGUCACCCGCUUCGUGUUUGUAUAAAGAUCGCUAUUUUUAUAUGUGGACAUGAGUAAGCCCUUGCAACAUGCUAAUACCCAUCUCUAAUUAGGCAAGCCAUGUGUUCUUCCUUGCUGUGUUUCCAAAGAACUUGUACUAGGCCAAUCUUUUGCACCCUUUCCGAUGGUUUGCAGAAUGGGGCUCUGUAUGACAAGCGUUCUUGAGUUGUGUGUCCCUUCCCUGGCCUUGUGUCUUCCAUGUUAAAUCAAUGAGCCCUCAGGAUUAUUUAUGCAGCCAUGUAACCUGCAUGAGAACCAUACCAGUAUGGGAGCUCCAGUGGCCCAACUAAUUUGCAUGUGGGCAGUUUUGGUGUAUUUCUAUCUGCUGUUUUCUUUCAUGCAUAAGUCUGUGUUUAUCUUGAAGACUUGCGUAUAGUACUAAAAGCAGCAACACAAUUCUGCUGCAGGCCAGGUGCAUCAAGAGCAAGGUGGCCCUCCUGCGACACAGGGGCAUUUGUGUGCAUGCCAGCUUAGGAUGUGUGUUACAGGUGUUUAUGUCUUGGGUCACAUCCCUCCAUGUUUCCAGUGUGUGACUGUUGUAUGUGCAAUGAUCGUGUCUUCUUCAGAUUAUUGCAUGCCAUCCUUGUAAAAAACCUGGUUGGCGCUGGUGAGACGGCUCAAUAAACUGGGUUUCUCAAAGUG